AUGGUUCAAGCCAACGGAUCAAAUGGGGUUUCCCACCACAACCAAGGAACCUUCCUUUUCACCUCCGAGUCUGUUGGUGAGGGACAUCCAGACAAGAUCGCUGAUCAAGUCUCCGAUGCUAUCCUCGAUGCCUGCUUAGCUGAGGACCCUCUCUCCAAGGUUGCUUGUGAGACUGCUACCAAGACUGGUAUGAUUAUGGUCUUUGGUGAGAUUACCACCAAGGCACGUCUCGAUUACCAAAAGGUUAUCCGUGGAGCCAUCAAGGAUAUUGGAUACGAUGACUCUUCCAAGGGUUUCGAUUACAAGACUUGCAACGUUUUGGUUGCCAUUGAAGAACAGUCCCCAGAUAUCGCUCAAGGUCUUCACUACGAGCAAGCUCUUGAGCAAUUGGGUGCUGGUGAUCAAGGUAUCAUGUUCGGUUAUGCCACUGAUGAGACUCCUGAAUUAUUCCCUUUGACCCUUCAAUUGGCACACAAGCUCAACGCUGCUAUGUCCGCUGCUCGCAGAGACGGAAGCUUGCCAUGGCUCAGACCUGAUACCAAGACUCAAGUUACCAUUGAGUACAAGCAUGACAACGGAGCUGUCGUCCCACAAAAGGUUCACACCGUUGUUGUCAGUGCUCAACACGACGAGAACAUCACCACCGAGUCUUUGAGAAAGGAGAUCUUGGAGAAGAUUAUCAAGAAGGUUAUCCCAGCUGAAUACUUGACUGAGGAGACCAUCUACCACAUCCAACCAUCCGGACUUUUCAUCAUCGGUGGACCUCAAGGAGAUGCUGGUCUUACUGGCAGAAAGAUUAUCGUCGACACAUACGGUGGAUGGGGUGCUCACGGUGGUGGAGCUUUCUCCGGAAAGGAUUUCUCCAAGGUCGACAGAUCUGCUGCCUACGUCGCUAGAUGGAUUGCCAAGUCUUUGGUCAAUGCCAAACUUGCCAGACGUGCUCUCGUUCAACUUUCAUACGCCAUUGGUGUCGCCGAGCCACUCUCUAUCUUCGUUGACACAUAUGGUACAUCCGACAAGACCUCUGAUGAACUUGUUGAGAUUAUCAGAGCCAACUUUGACUUGAGACCUGGUGUCAUUGUCAAGGAGCUUGAUUUGGCUAAGCCAAUCUACUUCAAGACUGCCAAGAACGGUCACUUCACCAGCCAAGAAUUCAGCUGGGAGAAGCCAAAGACCCUCAAGUUCUAA